AUGUCCGUCCUCUCUAAUGCCACCAAAACCAUGAGUCGCAAGAUCGCCAAAGCAGAAGUCAUACACCUUCGACAUCAAUCACUAGCCUUACAAAAAUUACAUCCCGAUCAAGGAUAUACUACGAAAGAUUUGGCAGGAUCGGUCACAGUCCUGUCACCAACAAAGUGGGGAGCAAAGCUCAAUCACACUUAUGGAUUUGGCAUGUUUGGACCAGUUACGAACGAUGAUCUGCAUACCAUCGAAGAUGCAUAUAAGCAGAAUGGUGUUCGUUCAGAAAUAUACAUGUGUGAAAAUGCCCACAGUUCGGCAUUCGAUCUGUUGGCAGAUCACUAUACAAUUACUGGUCACCUUUGCCAAUACCAAAUGUCCCUAUCGGACUUUGAUCAUCCGACCAUGACGAACGACAUCGAUAUCUCUAUAGUUGCUUCAAGCGACCACGAAAUGUUCAUCCAAGCAUCGAUAGAAGGAUUUCGUAGCAACGGACGCUCCGAAGACCUCUUGAGGCUGCUAGCAGAGAGCGCCGCAUCCCGUCCAGAUACCCUCUUGUUCUCAGCUUCUAUAUAUGGUGAACUGCUUGGUGUGGCGGGAAUGGCAAUCGUUGAUGUAGAUGACAGCAAAGUUGCUCACCUUUACAUCGAUAGCUCUCUGCCACGCGCCAGAGGAAGAGGUGUUCACAAAGCAUUGCUUUUGGAAAGACUUCGAAUUGCAAAAGAUCGGGGAUGUGAUCUAGCGAUUGCUUCCGCGAGAGAAGGGUCGAUAAGUGCGCACAACAUUCAAAAGGUUGGACUGAAACAGGCAUAUGCGUGCAAGAUUUACACGAGAGAUCAUUGA